CAAAUCAAUUAUCACGGCCUCUGCGUCUUUACUUUCGCGGCGCCUCACAUCUCUUUCCCACGGCCCCCUCUCGCUCCGCCCCCCGGUCGACCGAAUACAAAGCAACCUCGCCCACGAUGGAGGAACUUCUCAACGCCGUUUCGGCCGACGGCUCGUCCAUCAUGCCCCUCAUCGCCCGCCACCUGAGCCGACAUCUUCUCUUCCCUCUGAUCCAGUUUGAGAGCGAGAGGGCCGAUGAGCAGGGCGACGACGCAAAGGCCAAGGAGAUCCUCUCCUCAAAGAUCAAGCUCCUCGAGGACACAAACAUGACGGAUUACGUCGCGACCAUGUACUGCGAGCUCCACGGCGUCUCCGAGGCCCCCGCCGAGUACAACAAGAAGAGGCAGGAGGUGCUGUCGGAGCUGGAGAAGUACGAGCAGGCCACCGCUAAGAUCGCCGACCUCUUGACCCAGGACGAGGUCGUCAACGGACUCCGAAGCGACAAGGUUGCCAACUUGGAGUUCCUCAAGAACCAGCACGGCGUCACCAUGGAAAUGGUCAACGCCCUCUACGACUUUGGUCAGUUCCAGUUCCGAUGCGGACAGUACGGUCCCGCCGCCGAUAUGCUUUACCAGUUCCGAGUCCUGUCGACCGAUAACGACAAGGUCUCUGCUGCCACCUGGGGCAAGCUCGCCUCAGAGAUCCUCCAGACCAACUGGGAGUCUGCCGUCGACGAACUUAAGAAUGUGCGCGAAAACAUCGACUCUAAGCUGUUCAACAACCCCCGUGCCCAGCUCGACCACCGAACGAUGCUGGUCCACUGGUCCCUCUUCCCCCUCUUCAACUCUGAGAGUGCCCGGGAACCCAUCCUCGACAUGUUCUUCUCCGCCCCCUACAUCAACACCAUCCAGACCUCUUGCCCCUGGAUCCUGCGGUACCUGAUCGCCGCCGUUAUCACCGGCCGUGGUCGCGCCCGCAACAGCUCCAUCCAGCAGAAGCAGGUCAAGGACAUUAUCCGCUACGUCCGCCAGGAGGCCUACGAGUACACCGACCCCAUCACCCAGUUCGUCAACGCUCUGUACAUUGCCCACGACUUUGAGGCUGCUCGUGAGGCCCUGUCCAUGGCCGAGCAGGUCUGCCGAAGCGACUUCUUCCUCGCUUCCUCCGCCGACGCCUUUGUCGACGCCGCCCGACACCUCAUCUGCGAGAGCUACUGCAAGAUCUUUAGCCGAAUGAACAUCCGAGACCUCAGCUCCAAGCUGGGCCUGAACCCCGACGAUGGAGAGAAGUGGAUCGUCAACCUGAUCCGAGAGACACGACUGGACGCCAAGAUCGACAGCCAGGACGGCACCGUGGUGAUGAACCACCCUCCCAACAACGUCUACCAGCAGGUGAUUGAGAAGACCAAGGGCGGCUUCUUCAGGACACAGGUCCUCAACGCCGCCGUCUCAAAGUAGAGAGCGAGCAUGACUAGCCCGUGACGGGGUUUCUUUGACGAGUGUUUUUACGACAACUCAAAAUGGGGCAACGCAAUCCAAAAGGGGAAAUAAACGCCCUCCGCUGCUUGAAGGAGAGUGCGUGUUGGAGAAGAGAGUUCUAGCGGUCUUGUUUUUGUUCCUGCGCGAAAAAACACUUCGUGCGGCAGAGGGAGAAAAGGAGACGAAGCAGGAUAUCGCUGAAGCACAAAGACGGGCAAAGCUUGAAAGCGGCGUGGGCAAACAACGAAGGGGCCCGACGACGCGAGAGAAAGUGGCGGAUAGAAGGCCCUGUAUAUCCCCGGUGAUGCGGUUUGCAUUGCAUGGCGUUCUCGGAAAAGGGAAGAGGCAAAGGGGGGGAUAAUGGAAUUUACGUGACUGUUGAAAUGAAUCAUCUAUUCGCCUC